AUGAAACUGCCGGAGUAUACACCAAAAGACAAUGAGUCUUCUUACAGCGGCACCGCUCUGGAUUCCGGUGGAUCCGAUGUCGAGGACACCACGCAUUCGGACCCUGACUCUGAAUAUGUCCCGUCAGAGACGAGCGAAGAUCGAGAAUUCGUUGUAUCAGACUCUGAAAGCCUCUCGGGCGUUUCAACCAAGUCCUCAGACCCUGAAGGUUCAGGCUACACUAUUCUUAAUGACGAGAUCGAGGAUGUCGCAACGAGUAUUCAAGGCAUCAAAGCUCUCAAAACAGUCACCAAAAGGACCGUAAAUCUCAACGGUCGCCAAGUAAUUCAAUACCUGGUCCUUUGGUAUUCUUGGGAAACCGCGGAAACUGCCCCCCACUGA